GGGAGGUUUAGGGUGAUACGGUAAAGAUGGUUGUUUUGCAAGUGAUGCAUGUUUCCUCUAAGGAAAUCGCUACUAUGUGGCUGUUGGACGAAACAUAUCAUUUCGCGUUACAAAGAAACUUCAAAAUGAUCCGAUUUUGACAGACGCUGACAGACGUGGAUAGACGUAGGCUAACCAUGGUGUAUGGAAGCACUUGUGUGGCUAACUCGAAGAUAACAUGCUGCUCCACUUGUGAUAAUCGGCCUGACAGUGAAUACCAUUUACAUCAGCAUGCAUUGAACUAUAAGGACGUUUUAUCUUGCAAUACGUUGUUUGAAUGAAUGGAUGUAGCAUCCCAAGGAUAGUAACCUGUUUAUGAGCAGGUUGCAGAUAGAAAAGGAAUGGCGCAGUCAAAACUAACGUUGAUAAAUAUCUAUUAAUGAUUGUUGCUGUCAAACUGAAAUAGAUAUUGGUACCUGUUAGGCUAUGUGGAUUGACCAAUGUAUCAUAAGCGAAGCUAGUUAAAAUCUGAAAACGGACAUAAAGGCCUACCAUGUUAUCAAUCUUGUCAUACUUGUUAUCAUGAUAGGUGUCGCUAUUUUGAGUUUAGGCUAGUGCAUAACAUGAUAUUUGUGACAGUAAUCCAUUUACUCAGCUGUUGCCUACCUGUGAUUGUUCAGUUUCAGUAUAAGACGUCUAUAUCAACUGAAAGCAAAUAGGAGUUCAGAACCACCUAUCCACUAAGAAGUAAAACCUCACAAAUCAGUGGAGGUAGUAGUUUUAGUCUGGUAAUGUGAAAUAUUACCCACAAUUCUUAAUUCAGGAUUUAUCCUGCCUUUAACUCAGAAUAUAGAUCUAUAACUCCAGUCUUAUCUCAAAGGAGCAUUGCAAACUUCCUAACCAUUACUUUCCAUUGUUAUCCAGACUUUUUUGGGGGGACGAUAAUUCAUGAAAUCCACAUAGAUAUAGAGCUAGUUAUCAACAUUAGUCGCUAUAAGUCGUAGCCAAUAGUAAGAGCAGUAUGAGUAAGGAACUGUCACUAAGUCAGUCAGCUCAAUAUGUUGGGCCAUAUCGACUGGAAAAAACACUGGGAAAAGGCCAGACAGGUGAAUUUCACCAUUUUUUAUUUGUGUGAAAAAUAAGAAUGUUUUUGUGUGUGUUUAUCAUGGGAUGGAGGGAUGGAUGGACGGGUGGGUGGGUGAAUAGAUAGAUGGAUGUAAUAUACACUCACCCGACAGUUUAUUAGGUACACCCAUCUAGUACCUGGUCGGACCCCCUUUUGCCUCCAGAACAGCCUGAAUUCUUCGGGAAAUGGAUUAUACAAGUCGGAAACGUUCCACAGGGAUGUUGGUCCAUGCUGACGCGAUGGCAUCACGCAGUUGCUGCAGACUGGACGGUGGUACACCACCGCCUACAGCCUGUACCGUUGACACUAGGCAAGAUGGGUCCAUGGACUCAUGUUGCUUAAGCCAAAUCCUGACCCUGCCAUCAGCAUGACGCAACAGGAACCGGGAUUCGUCGGACCAGGCAAUGUUUUUCCACUCCUCAAUUGUCCAGUGUUGGCGCUCGCGUGCCCACUGGAACUGCUUCUUCUUGUUUUUAGCUGAUAGGAGUGGAACCCGGUGUGGUCGUCUGCUGCAAUAGCCCAUCCGUGACAAGGAUCGACGAGUUGUGUAUUCAGAAAUGUAAUUCUGCACACCACUGUUGUACUGAGCCGUUAUUUGUCUGUUUGUGGCCCGCCUGUUAGCGUGCACGAUUCUUACAUUUUACAUUUACAUUUUAGUCAUUUAGCAGACGCUCUUAUCCAGAGCGACUUACAGUUAGUGAGUGCAUACAUUUUCAUACUGGGCCCCCGUGGAAAUCAAACCCACAACCCUGGCGUUGCAAGCGCCAUGCUCUACCAACUGAGCUACACUUGUCAUUCUCCUUUGACCACUCUCAUCAACAAGCUGUUGUCACCCACAGGACUGCCGCUGACUGGAUGUUUUUAUUUUUUUUCACCAUUCUUGGUAAACCCUAGACACUGUCGUGCGUGAAAAGCCCAGGAGGGCGGCCGUUUCUGAGAUACUGGAUCCGGCGUGCCUGGCACCGACGAUCAUACCACGCUCAAAGUCGCUUAGGUCACUCGUUUUGCCCAUUCUAACAUUCAAUCGAACAGUAACUGAAUGCCUCAAUGCCUGUCUGCCUGCUUUAUAUAGCAAGCCACGGCCACGUGACUCACUGUCUGUAGGCACAAUAGAUUUUCGUGACUGGGGUGGUGUACCUAAUAAACUGGCCGGUGAGUGUAUAUGUUUUGUGAAUGUGUUAUGAAUGCGUAAUACCGAUAUUAAAAGGGUGAACAUGUGACUCUCUCAGGCCUGGUGAAGCUUGGAGUUCACUGCAUUACGGGACAGAAGGUAGCCAUCAAAAUAGUCAACAGGGAGAAGCUGUCCGAUUCAGUUCUGAUGAAGGUAAGGUGUUGAUGAUGAUGAUGAAAAUAAGGAUAUCCCAGUACGAUGGCUACUUUUCUAAAGACUGACAAUUUAAUGAUUAACUGUCUGUUUGCAAUAGUUACAAUAGCAAUAUAACUGUAAUGCAAUGUACAUAGUAAAGACUAUUUGUAAUAGUAAUGAAAUGAUAUGCGUGCAACGGCUUUCUCACUCUGUAACGAAGACAUGUUUCAUCAGGUAUGCUUUAAGAGUGAACACUGGAAUGUAAAUUCCUCUGAAAUUACAAUUUGUAUAUCUUUUUCUCCCCCCCCCCCUCUCUAUUUCUAUUCCCUGCUCUCUUUCUAUCCCCAUCUCUUCUCUCUCUCCCUAUAUCCCCCCCCCCCCCCCCCCACACACCUUUCUCCCGCUCUGUCUAGGUGGAGAGGGAGAUUGCCAUCCUGAAGCUGAUUGAGCAUCCGCAUGUGUUGAAGCUGCAUGACGUUUACGAGAAUAACAAAUACCUGUGAGUUCAUUCAUUCAGGAGCGACCUUCGGCUCUGCCUGUAGCCUGUAGUUCUAGACCCGUGGGUGUGAUGUGUAACUAUUACACAAAGGAAUGUAUUAAUCCGCUCUGUCUAUCUCUUGAAGUCUGUGCAGAUUUCUGUCAUCAAAUCUCCCAUUGACUUCAAUGUAUGUUCUAUGCAAAAAUCCUAAUCACACAAGUCUAUCCUCAGGUUAGGAUUCAACCCACUUGAAAUGCUUGCUCAGCAUCUCUCUCUCUCUCACCCCAACCUUCACCCCUUUCAAUAUAUUUAUUCCGCUCACACCUCUCUCUCCUCCUCUAUAUGACCCAUCACUAUCUAUCUCUGUCACUCUCCCCCCUCUCUCUCUCUCUUUCUGUCUAUCACCCAUCUCUCCCUCUCUGUCUCGCGCUCUCUCUCUCUCCGCCCCCUCCCUGUAGGUACCUGGUGUUGGAGCAUGUGUCAGGUGGGGAGUUAUUUGACUAUCUGGUGAAGAAGGGCAGACUGACACCUAAAGAGGCCAGGAAGUUCUUCCGACAAAUCAUAUCGGCCCUGGACUUCUGUCACAGUCAUUCUAUCUGGUAAACGACUAUAUUCAUGUAUAAAACUCAUUGUCUAUCUGUGAGUGGCCUGUGUGGUCGACCAGUUAGAGCCACUGACCGUAGCACACAUUAUGCCAGAGUUGGCAUGGGUUCGAAUCCGGCCCACUGCUCUUUGACUCGUCCACCCUCUAUCUCCUUUCCUGUCUUUCCUCUACUGUCCUAUCUGUUCAAUAAAAGCACAACAAAUCUGAAACAGUUGGGACUGCCCACUUUAACAAUUCUUUUGCAGUUUUUUCUUCUUUCAAAUAACUUAUCAGCACCUGAUUGAGCUUCCUGGUGCAAUGGGACCACUGGAAUAGUCCCAGAAGUGCAAACCCCGACCAUAUAACACUACAGGCAGGCUCAAUCAAAUGGUCUGAUGGGGUCUAAAUGUUUUUAUGCUUCCUUAAUUAUUAAGUAAUUAUAUUCUAUACACGCCAUCUGUGGUCUCAGUGUUGUUCAUACUUACUUCCGUUUAUAGUUCAAUAUCUCACUAAUAAAGUCAUUAUAUUCAAAUCUAUUCUAUUCUAUCCUACUCUACUUUACUCUUCUCUAAUCUACUUGAUUCCCUCCAUCCUACAGUCACAGAGACCUGAAGCCAGAGAACCUGCUCCUGGAUGAGAAGAACAACAUCCGUAUCGCUGACUUUGGCAUGGCCUCCCUACAGGUGGGGGACAGCCUGCUGGAGACCAGCUGUGGGUGAGUAUGCUGUGUGUGCAUGCGGGUGUGCAUGUACGUGUGUGGGUCUUAUGUGCUGGUAAAUGCUUACAUCUUCUCAAUGCCUCAUUUCUAUCCAUUUCAGAUCCCCACACUAUGCCUGUCCAGAAGUGAUCCGGGUAGGUUCCUGCUCAUCUUCCCUUUUCAUAAUUCUAAGUGGCUAAGAUCAUCCAACCAAGUGAGAUAGAAAUGUAAUGAUUGAUAAGACAUAAGAAAUGUAAGUAUUUGAUAAGGUAAGAGAUACAUGUUGGAUAGUUAACCGUUGUUGCAUAGUUGACAUUUCGAUCUCACAUUAUCCAUUUCUCUUACUCUCUCUCUCUCUCUCUGAUCUCUCCAUCUGUCUCUCUUAGGGAGAAAAGUAUGAUGGUCGCAGGGCAGAUGUGUGGAGCUGUGGAGUCAUCCUUUUUGCUCUGCUGGUGGUGAGAAAGUGUCUUCUGAUAUUUUUGCCUUACGCCCUACACCCCACCCAAUUCUUUCAGAUCUACAGGAGGGCUUAGGGUGGAGGUGCUAGGGGUCCAUUUGGAAUGUCGUAUUCAUGGAGUUGGGUUAUAACCUUGUGACUCAACAUUAUCUGUGCCAAGGAAACCAAGGAGUUAAGCCUAGUCGUAGACUAAAAAGCAUGUUCAAUGGAGACUAGGCUUAAUAUGUGUAUGGAAAACCAGCCCGGCAUGUUCGUACGUGUAGUCCUGCCUCCCAUUCCUUGUAAAAGGGCCUAUUUAACAGUAACAUUCUCUCCUCUGUAGGGUGCCCUACCAUUUGACCAUGACAACCUGCGUCAGCUCCUUGAGAAGGUGAAGAGCGGGGUGUUCCACAUGCCCCACUUCAUCCCCCCAGACUGCCAGGCCCUGCUCAAAGGCAUGAUCGAGGUUGACCCCGACAAGAGACUUACGGUACGAGAGAGGGAGAUAGGGAGGGGAAGGGGGACAAGGAGGGUGGUAGUGGCAAGAGACAGGACGGGAGAGGGAAGUGGGAGCCAUUUGGGAUGAAUAGGGUGCCAUUUGGGACACACUAAAUAAGAUUUAGAUGCCCAAAAUGUAUGCAAAACUGAUGAGGUGCUCUUUUCCAAUUGCAAAAGUCAGGCCUAGCAGGAAUUGUUUACACCUUGCGCUAGCAGCCAUCUGUGUGUGAACAGACUGUUCUAAUUGCUCCAUCUGCCCUCACGCCCUUCCAGCUAGAGGCCGUCCAGAGGCACUCCUGGUAUCAGUAAGUAUAGAUUCGUUUGGUCUGCCUUUGAAUUAUAGAAUUAUAUUGAGAAUUUGAAGUUGAUGUCAAAUGUUGUUUAUUGUGCCCAGUGUUUUGGGUCACUAACAUGGGGGUAUUGUGUGUGUGUGUGUGUGUGUGUGUAUAUCUUUUUGUUUGUCUGUCUGCGUGUUUGUUUGUCUCAGGUCGGGUCGUAAUGAGCCGUGUCCCGAGCAGCCCGUUCCCAGGCGUGUGUGUGUGGGGCGCAUCCUGUCUUUGACUGAGCUGGACCCAGACGUGCUGGACAGCAUGCACUCUCUGGGCUGCUUUAAAGACCGCGGGAAACUCACCCGCAACCUGCAGUGUGAAGAGUAAGUGAGUCUGUUCAUCUGUGUGCCCAUGUUCUUCUCUCUAAUUUCUCUCUUUCUUUCAUUGUUUUGUCUAGCUCAGGGGUCUCCCUGGCUAUUUAUAGAUUUCCCCCCAAAAAACUAAUAUAUACAGUGGGGAAAAAAGUAUUUAGUCAGCCACCAAUUGUGCAAGUUCUCCCACUUAAAAAGAUGAGAGAGGCCUGUAAUUUUCAUCAUAGGUACACGUCAACUAUGACAGACAAAAUGAGAAAAAAAAAUUCCAGAAAAUCACAUUGUAGGAUUUUUAAUGAAUUUAUUUGCAAAUUAUGGUGGAAAAUAAGUAUUUGGUCAAUAACAAAAGUUUCUCAAUACUUUGUUAUAUACCCUUUGUUGGCAAUGACACAGGUCAAAUGUUUUCUGUAAGUCUUCACAAGGUUUUCACACACUGUUGCUGGUAUUUUGGCCCAUUCCUCCAUGCAGAUCUCCUCUAGAGCAGUGAUGUUUUGGGGCUGUCGCUGGACAACACGGACUUUCAACUCCCUCCAAAGAUUUUCUAUGGGGUUGAGAUCUGGAGACUGGCUAGGCCACUCCAGGACUUUGAAAUGCUUCUUACGAAGCCACUCCUUCGUUGCCCGGGCGGUGUGUUUGGGAUCAUUGUCAUGCUGAAAGACCCAGCCACGUUUCAUCUUCAAUGCCCUUGCUGAUGGAAGGAGGUUUUCACUCAAAAUCUCACGAUACAUGGCCCCAUUCAUUCUUUCCUUUACACGGAUCAGUCGUCCUGGUCCCUUUGCAGAAAAACAGCCCCAAAGUAUGAUGUUUCCACCCCCAUGCUUCACAGUAGGUAUGGUGUUCUUUGGAUGCAACUAAGCAUUCUUUGUCCUCCAAACACGACGAGUUGAGUUUUUACCAAAAAGUUAUAUUUAGGUUUCAUCUGACCAUAUGACAUUCUCCCAAUCCUCUUCUGGAUCAUCCAAAUGCACUCUAGCAAACUUCAGACGGGCCUGGACAUGUACUGGCUUAAGCAGGGGGACACGUCUGGCACUGCAGGAUUUGAGUCCCUGGUGGCGUAGUGUGUUACUGAUGGUAGGCUUUGUUACUUUGGUCCCAGCUCUCUGCAGGUCAUUCACUAGGUCCCCCCGUGUGGUUCUGGGAUUUUUGCUCACCGUUCUUGAGAUCAUUUUGACCCCACGGGGUGAGAUCUUGCGUGGAGCCCCAGAUCGAGGGAGAUUAUCAGUGGUCUUGUAUGUCUUCCAUUUCCUAAUAAUUGCUCCCACAGUUGAUUUCUUCAAACCAAGCUGCUUACCUAUUGCAGAUUCAGUCUUCCCAGCCUUGUGCAGGUCUACAAUUUUGUUUCUGGUGUCCUUUGACAGCUCUUUGGUCUUGGCCAUAGUAGAGUUUGGAGUGUGACUGUUUGAGGUUGUGGACAGGUGUCUUUUAUACUGAUAACAAGUUCAAACAGGUGCCAUUAAUACAGGUAACGAGUGGAGGCCAGAGGAGCCUCUUAAAGAAGAAGUUACAGGUCUGUGAGAGCCAGAAAUCUUGCUUGUUUGUAGGUGACCAAAUACCUAUUUUCCACCAUAAUUUGCAAAUAAAUUCAUUAAAAAUCCUACAAUGUGAUUUUCAUACAAUUUGUCUGUCAUAGUUGACGUGUACCUAUGAUGAAAAUUACAGGCCUCUCUCAUCUUUUUAAGUGGGAGAACUUGCACAGUUGGUGGCUGACUAAAUACUUUUUUCCCCCACUGUAUGUAACAUUUUUCAAUCAGAAAUAGAUGGGUUUGGAAAGAUUGGGACUAUCUGAGAUUAAAAUCUACAGGACAAUACAUGUUAAAACCUGAUCUUAAUUUUAUUAUGUUUUUGAAAUGUACCAAAAAUAACCUGUUGCAUGUUAAGUUUGCAGAUUAGGCCUGUCUGAAUUAGCACAUUUUCUCAUUUAUAAAAGUAAAGUAAAGAAACAAACGUUUUUUGUUAAAGCAGUAUAAUAAAUAUUGAUUACAAUCAAACCUUCUGUUUGCAUUAUAAUACUUGUGUAUCUGUGUGGGUAUUUCAGUUAAUCACUGGAGAACAAUAUUUUUCUUUUUUUGUUAGGUUUUUAAAUUAAAAAGUAAUAUCACUCCUGGAGCAUAUUUACUGUAUGUUCACAAGAUUCGAUUCUCCCUACAACUUCACCAGACAGCUGCUGUGUCCACUGCUCUGGGACCCUGAACGUCAGAUUUGAGCCGACUUCUAUCCGUGGUGCUGAAUAUAUAUAUUUAUUAUUUAUUUAUUACAGAUAUUGCCGCUAUUGUGCUUGAAAUUUCUUGUGCGACUCCCUUUUUUGUCUCCGUUCUCCUUGCUUGUAACCGGUCUCUCGUCUUGCUGCCUUAAUCCUACAUUGAAAUCUGUGCAAAUUUCUGACACACAUUCUCCUUUUGACUCAGUAUCAAUAUCAAAUAAUUUCUGGGUAACAAUUAAGUACCUUACUGUGAUUGCUUUCAAUUAAAAUGGUCAAAAAGAAACAAAAAUAGCUUCUGCGAAGCGCAAUAUCUCAAGCAAGAAUUUAGCUUGGAUUGUCUGGGAGUGAUCUGAGUGGGGAGGGGAAAACUGAAAACUAGCUGUUAUUGGCAGAGAGGUUUGUAACUCUUUCUUAUUGGUCUAUUAACUAAUUUAACUAACUCCAUCCCACCAAAACAGGCAGACAUUUCAGGUGGUCUUUUCACACAGCGCUUACACUAAAAGGGCAUUAUCAUUUUCACAAAUUCACAGUAUUAUUCCAACUUCGUAGUGUGGAAAUAUAUAUAAAACACAGGAAAGUCACGUUGUUGACUGCAAUGGGCCUUUCAUGUAUGAUUGUAGUGCAUAGAUAGGAUUCAACUUUCUUUGAGCACUUCCCAAAUCUCUCCCCCCCCCUCCCUCUCCCUCCCUCCCCCAGUGACAACCAGGAGAAGAUGAUCUACUAUCUCCUGUUGGACAGGAAGGAGCGUUACCCCAGUUACGAGGAUGAAGAUUUGCCGCCCCGAAAUGACGUAGGUGAGUCCCUAGGUGGCAGGAGCGAGCCAUUGACCGCACUUACACUCCAUCCCUGUCUGGUCUGCUGUCUUCCUCCUGCCCACGUCUCUGUGUCUGGGUGUGUACCUCUCUCCUGCUUCUCGACUGACAUGCGUGCCACGCACUCACACACUAACUGGACCCAACUCACACACUAACUGGACCCACCUUUUAAACUGCUCAAUUUGGUGUCUGACAGUGGGAAGAAAAACGUUUUGCAACGUAAUACAAAGCAGGCGUUUCUUAUCGGACAAGUUGACAUAGUGCCUCCCCCAAUUUCAGCCCGUUUGCCUCUGUUUUGUCUAGUGAAUACAACCCUGUCCCUGGGAUUUCAUGCAACCCCCACACACGCUGCGACAGGUGGAUUAGCUUGUCAGUCACAGUGGUCUACUAGCUACAGCCUACAGAGCUUCAUCAACCACGCCUCUCAACAACUAGGUUUGGUUGCACCAGCACCUCGUUGUUUGACUCUGAACUCUGCACUUGGUUUCUUUCUUCACUCACGCUCCUAACCCGCCUGCCUGGUUGCCUGCCUCAUGAGUGAACACACAUUUUCAUGGGAAACAAGGUAUGUGUUAAUAAAAUCAGUUUAGUCGUCCUCUAAAACUAGCUAGAAUGACCCAAUAUAUAGCUAGCUAACAAAACGACUAAUGUUAGCUUUAGUAGCCUAGCUAGAUAGCUAACAGCAUUUAGCUAGGUUGAUGCAAUCAUGCAGCCAGCAGCUAACGUUCAUAAUUUAGACUCACUGAAUAAAUGUGUUUGGCGCAGGAUAAAGAAGAUUAAAUGAUCUGCUGCUGCUACCCAAGGGAUACUGAAGUUCCUGAAAAGGUUAGUCAGCCAGUUUGUUAGUUCAGUAAUGUUGGAUUUAUUAUUUAUUUCCACUGCUGGUGUUUGUGGCGCAAAUUUCACUGUCACAGAGCAGUCUACACAGACAAUAUGCACACAUUUCUCCAACCAUAACAGAUGGAAGGCUAAUGCAGAAAGAGAGAAUUGAUUGAUGGUUACAACUAUAACUUUCACAAAUACAGAGACAGGCAGCCAUCAUGGCGUCAGUCUUUUUCGACUAGCUAGUGCAUUAGUGACACUUACUGAUAUGAACUGGUAAUGCAGGUUUGGUUAGAAUAGAUUGCAAUAGAAUGAGUGACGUUCAGUAACAUCUACUUAAUGAAAAGGGGGAUAUUAUUUAAUGAAAAUGUUGAAAGUAGUUGAUUUAAGAUUGAAUAUAUGGAUUUUACAGGCAAUCAGUUCCUACAGUGAGCGCCAGGGAACCAACCUCUGGUGGGCCAGAUGGAGACCAGGACAACAACACAGGUUUAGUUGUUUUAUGACUUAGGCUACACAUAUUUUUUUUUUGUUACAAAGUCUACUGUGUAAAUGUAACCCUGCCUUGUUACAAAGUCUACUGUAUAUAAUGUAACCCUUUCUUACAUAAAGCUUACAGAAUGAAUCAUUGCAGAAAAGCGCUGUAGUCAGACAAACAAUUCAUAGGUUUUAUGACAUAAAAUUAAAAUACUUUUCAACCAUGAAACCUGUCUGUCUUUUACAUUUUUCAAAGUCCCCUGCUUAACAUUGUGUGUGUAUAGAGUGGAAUUCAUAUUUAAAGACAUUGUAACCAUUCUUUGCAUAAUGCUCAGCUCUGCUAUAGUAGUUCACUAAACCACAGAGUAUGUUGUUUAUUGAAGUUGUAGUUUCUGGCUCUUUUGAUACCAGAUUCAGAAUGAAUAAUAACAAGGUUUGUGGUAGUUUGAAAGGGUUUGAACCACCAUAGGCCAAGAGUGUUUCCAAUUCACAUGACCUGACAAGAAAACCCCCAGCCCUAUAGUCAUAGAACAGAUGAAAUGGGAAGCUAUCUAUCUAUAAUAAUAAUAUUUUGUCAUAGUCUACAAAUAGGACCCAGAGUUUUACCUGACCAGGUCAUGAGAUCAGGAAAAAGUCCAGGCCCCAGAAAAGACACGUACAAAUUUUACCACACCACAUUUGAACCUGUGGGGCCACCUCUGGUAUAAAAUAAAUAAUACAAAUACUAAGGUAUAUUGUAUGCUCAAACAAAUGGGAAAAUAUUAUUUUAUGGGGUUAUUUUAUUGGGAUAUGCAUAUUUUUUUCCAUGCAAAACCCACCACUGGUGUGCGUGGCCGAAGAGCUUUAUUUUCAUGUCAUCUGACCAUCGCACCGGUUCCAAUCCAAAUGCCAAUGCUGUUUAGCGAACUCCAAGCGUUUACAUUUGUUGGAUGACAUGAAAAUAGAGCUGUUUGGCCACGCACACCAGUGGUGGAUUUUUUUAUCAAUAGAAAGAUGCAGAAAAAGGGGCCUCCCCAGUGGCGCAGCAGUCUAAGGCACUGCAUCGCUGCAGGCUGACUUCAGUCGUCAGUUGAACGGUGUUUCCUCCGACACAUUGGUGCAGCUGGCUUCUGGGUUAAGCGGGCGGGUGUUAAGGAGCGCGGUUUGGUGGGUCAUGUUUCGGAGGAUGCAUGACUCUCCCGAACCCGUUGACAAGAUCGUAAUUGAAAUUGGGAGAAAAAGGGGGUAAAAAAAAAAAAAUGAUGCAGAAAAUAACCCCAUACAUUCCAUUUCAGUCAUUUAGCAGACACUCUUUUUUAAAAUAAUUUUAUACAGUCUUUUGCUCAUCUUUAUCAAGGGUUCCAAUACAUUUGGACCUGACUGCACAUGGUAUGACCCAAUUUAAGAGGAGGUUGGUGUUACUGCAUGCUGUGCUAACUCCACCCUGGUGUCCCUCAGCGGACCCCCCUCGUAAGCGCGUGGACUCUCCCAUGCUGACGCGUCACAGCCGCUGCCGCCCGGAGAGGAAGAGCCUGGAGGUGUUGAGUGUGACCGAGCAGGGGUCUCCCACCCCGCCACGCAGGGCCCUGGACACGGCCGCAAACAGCCAGAGGUACUGGGGUCUCACAAACACUGUCCAGAAAUACACACAAAGACAGACAGGCACGCACACAAACAUACACACACAGACACUACAUGCUUACUCUACAAACAAACAUUUUGCUAGCCACAUUGAAUACACACAGUAUAGAUUAUAAUACAUAUACCGGUACAUCAGCCAACAGUGGACCUACUUGAUUGUGGAAUAAUUUCAUUUUCUUCACCUUUAUGAUGAUGACAUUUAACCUUAUGACCUUGUGACCCCUCUACAGGUCUCGCUCAGUCAGUGGGGCAUCCACCGGCCUUUCCUCCAGCCCUCUCAGCAGUCCCAGGGUAAGUGGACUGUUAGCCAACACUUUUAACAUCCACUCUGAAAUGAUAAAGUAUACAACGUUGACUCUGAACUGUCUUCUUAUAUGUAUGUCAGACAUAAAUGUAUUUUUUGCAAUCCUCAAAGAUUCAUUUUUAUUGCUGAUUUGAAAAUGUGUUAACAUUGCUUUAACGUUUCCUCCGAGAUUGUCCAUCUCACUCAAGCUCCUUGAUCAUUCAGAGCCAUUUUACAUGUCAUAACACCACUCUUAUCAGAAUAAUUCUUACUCAUUGGGAGUUUCUUUGUCAUUUUUCUUAUUUUUCUGCUUCUCUACACCAUACUUUCUACAACAUGCACCAACUUGAUACAUGCACAUUUUGUAGCGCAACACAGUACAUAAAGUAAAGUUAAACAUGUUUGUUUUGCAGAAAGUUGGUCAUCAUUUAUGUUGGUCAUCAUUGGAAGUCAUUGUUGGUUUAAGCUUUUUGUUCAAUUUGAGAAGUUGUGUUCGACUGUAACUGUGAAAAUGUCAACAUACUGGUUAAAUUGUUUCUGUUCUGGAUCAGCAAAAGCAGAAACCCUAUUUUACCACAGUCAUAGCAUCACUACUGAAAGUGGAAGUUCAUAGUACAGUCAUAAUGUAUUGCUUACGCCAUUUUGUAGUGUUUGUCUUCCAUACUGUUUCUGACAUGGAGGGAUUUUUGUGUACUGGGUUAUCUAACAUGUUAGCUGAAAGUGAUAAAAAAAGAGUGAGGUUGGAACAUAAAUGGUUGAAUGCACGGUCAGAACUAAUUAUUUUUCAAUCAGUUAUACAAAUAGCUCACACUGUCAGUGCAGUUUCUUCACCAUCAUACAAGAAGCACUCUUUUGUCAUAACCCAUAACACUCAUUUCCAUCCUUCUUUUUCAAUUUUUCCAUCCCUCUUUCUCUUCUUCUUUUCCAUUCCUCCACCCCUCCCCUAGUCCUAUCAGAGCCCCAUCUUCACAUUUAGCCAAUCAGACGUCACCUCCGCCACCCCUCACACUAAGGACCCAUCCAAACCAGGAAGGGCUACCAUGCCUCGGCCGGCCCGAGCCCACGACAAACUCAAAGCGUCCCAGAACCCCAGAAACCAGACCCUGCCCACUCCCACCAAGGACGGUGCUGCCGCCGACUUGCCCCACCUCCAACCCAUCAAGUCCCUCCCCAUCCACAACUCGCCCUCCCGCUCGCCCUCGCCCCUCCUCUCGCCCUUCCCCCGCUUCUUCUUCCCCUCGCCCUCCGUGCUCAAGUCGGUCACUAAGAGCUUCUACCCCAACUCUGCCCACUCUGUGUCGCAGGUUACACCCCAGGGCUCUCCGCUGCCAACUCCCCAUGGGCACCCCUGUCCACCACCCACACCACCCCUCCUCCACCCCUCCCUCUAACUCCUCCUCCUCGUCCUCCUCCUCGCGGGCGGAGGGAGGCGGAGGGGUGGGCUCCCUGUCCCUGACUCCUCCCUCCAGCCCUGGAGGGGGAGGCGGUAUGGCGGCUAGCAGCUCCGCCCACUGGAGGACCCGCCUCAACUCGUUCAAGAACAACCUGCUGGGCUCACCCCGCUUCCACCGCCGCAAGAUGCAGGGUGAGAGGUCACAAGGUCAUAAAGUCACUUUCUUUAGGUGUUUCCCUCAGAGGAAGUUGCAGUUAGGGCUGUUGUGGUGACCGCAUUACCGCCACACCGGCAGUCAUGAGUCAUGACCGCAGUAAAAUUCUACGUCACGGUAAUCUCCUCUUAUGCACUCUGGACAAGCAUUAGUAAUACCCAACUCGCUAACGAUUAUCAGGUUGCUAAUGGACUGGUACUCAGGGCUCUAUUGUCCCUCUAACCACUCUGACAUCAAUGCAAAUGAAAUCGAAAAUAACAAACACUUAUCAUUAAAACAGUAUGUGCUUUUAAAACUCACCUCACUGUGAUUUGAAGAAAGAAGUUCAACAGGUUGAAACCUAGUGGAAAACAGGGUCGCUGUGGAUGUUGUUUCAAAGCCUAACACAACGAAAUGGACAGAGCUUUCUAAGGUGAUGAUUAAUUCAAAACACCCUAAUGCAUAUUAGAGCUAAUGUGUAAGCAUAGGCCUAUAUAUGAGCCCAAGCCCGAAACCCCCCCCCUGAAUUAAAAUAAUGAUUGUGCAGUUAUACAAUACAUAGUCUACCGCAUAUUACACAUGGCAGAAAAAAAUACUGAUUUAAGAUAGUGUCUUUGGUACAUAAUUGGUAUAGACUAAAUUAAACAAGUUCAGAGUAAGUCUACAAUUAUAGUGAAUUUGUAUUUGAUUUUGAAUAGCCUAGGAAUAGGGAAUUGUGUAUAUUUUCACAAUUAAUAGGCUGAAACAUUACCUUUAGCUACAUAAUAUCUGACCACCGGCAGUUUCCAUCUCCUCCCCUCUCUCCUUCAUUCCUUUCUCCAGGAUGCAGAGAGAGGGGCUGUCAACAAUUUAAUUUGUGAGAACAGAACUAUCGAUGUUCCUGAACAGAUUUCACUUGGUUUCUCCAAAUUAAGCACUGGGUAGCUGCAUGAACAGGGUUGGAGAGUCCAUGGCAUAUAGAGUUUGGACGGAAUAUCACCUGUCCCGCAGUGAAAUUACCGGAGUAGCCUACCCGACAUGAGUGAAAAACGUACCUGUGGGAAAGUGGCAUCCACUAUUCCAGUGCAUACGGAUGACAUGUAUUUUUUGUCUUUUUUGUCUUGUCCCUGUUCCUGCCCAAUUGAUCAAUCAAAACAAAUUUUACAUAUUAGUAAAGACAAGAUUAAAUUGAGAAUAGUCUGAUGGGUGAAAAUAUGAUAACUUGAUGAGAGAACAGCAUGUGCAGCCUGAGGCAAGGAACAGAGCGCAAGCUUUUUUUUGCAAUCUUCUCAAACCAUCAAUAGCCUAUAGUCGCAUCAUGCAGCCCAUAUAUUUUUGAUUUAUAAGGUAUUUUAAGGUUUGUAUCAUUCACAACUAAAGUUGCCAAAUAACUCUAAAUCUACAGUGGGGAAAAAAAGUAUUUAGUCAGCCACCAAUUGUGCAAGUUCUCCCACUUAAAAGGAUGAGAGAGGCCUGUAAUUUUCAUCAUAGGUACACGUCAACUAUGACAGACAAAUUGAGAAAAAAAAUCCAGAAAAUCACAUUGUAGGAUUUUUAAUGAAUUUAUUUGCAAAUUAUGGUGGAAAAUAAGUAUUUGGUCACCUACAAACAAGCAAGAUUUCUGGCUCUCACAGACCUGUAACUUCUUCUUUAAGAGGCUCCUCUGUCCUCCACUCGUUAUCUGUAUUAAUGGCACCUGUUUGAACUUGUUAUCAGUAUAAAAGACACCUGUCCACAACCUCAAACAGUCACACUCCAAACUCCACUAUGGCCAAGACCAAAGAGCUGUCAAAGGACACCAGAAACAAAAUUGUAGACCUGCACCAGGCUGGGAAGACUGAAUCUACAAUAGGUAAGCAGCUUGGUUUGAAGAAAUCAACUGUGGGAGCAAUUAUUAGGAAAUGGAAGACAUACAAGACCACUGAUAAUCUCCCUCGAUCUGGGGCUCCACGCAAGAUCUCACCCCGUGGGGUCAAAAUGAUCACAAGAACGGUGAGCAAAAAUCCCAGAACCACACGGGAGGACCUAGUGAAUGACCUGCAGAGAGCUGGGACCAAAGUAACAAAGCCUACCAUCAGUAACACACUACGCCACCAGGGACUCAAAUCCUGCAGUGCCAGACGUGUCCCCCUGCUUAAGCCAGUACAUGUCCAGGCCCGUCUGAAGUUUGCUAGAGUGCAUUUGGAUGAUCCAGAAGAGGAUUGGGAGAAUGUCAUAUGGUCAGAUGAAACCAAAAUAGAACUUUUUGGUAAAAACUCAACUCGUCGUGUUUGGAGGACAAAGAAUGCUGAGUUGCAUCCAAAGAACACCAUACCUACUGUGAAGCAUGGGGGUGGAAACAUCAUGCUUUGGGGCUGUUUUUCUGCAAAGGGACCAGGACGACUGAUCCGUGUAAAGGAAAGAAUGAAUGGGGCCAUGUAUCGUGAGAUUUUGAGUGAAAACCUCCUUCCAUCAGCAAGGGCAUUGAAGAUGAAACGUGGCUGGGUCUUUCAGCAUGACAAUGAUCCCAAACAAACCGCCCGGGCAACGAAGGAGUGGCUUCGUAAGAAGCAUUUCAAGGUCCUGGAGUGGCCUAGCCAGUCUCCAGAUCUCAACCCCAUAGAAAAUCUUUGGAGGGAGUUGAAAGUCUGUGUUGCCCAGCGACAGCCCCAAAACAUCACUGCUCUAGAGGAGAUCUGCAUGGAGGAAUGGGCCAAAAUACCAUCAACAGUGUGUGAAAACCUUGUGAAGACUUACAGAAAACGUUUGACCUGUGUCAUUGCCAACAAAGGGUAUAUAACAAAGUAUUGAGAAACUUUUGUUAUUGACCAAAUACUUAUUUUCCACCAUAAUUUGCAAAUAAAUUCAUUAAAAAUCCUACAAUGUGAUUUUCUGGAUAUUUUUUUCUCAUUUUGUCUGUCAUAGUUGACGUGUACCUAUGAUGAAAAUUACAGGCCUCUCUCAUCUUUUUAAGUGGGAGAACUUGCACAAUUGGUGGCUGACUAAAUACUUUUCUUCCCCACUGUACAUCCGGUGAAUGGCUUAUUGUUCUAUCUGUGGAAAACCAGAGCCUGCUAUUUACAAUAGGCUCAGGAUCACUCCACAAAACAGAAACCGUUUUAACAUCCCCAUUUUGACACAUGAUUGACAAUACAGAACGAAUGAAUAUAAAUAAACUUAGAAUACACAGACAGACUAUAUGUAACUACAUAGCAAAUAGUGCUGAGCGAUUAACCUUUUUUUUUUUUGGGGGGGGGGGGGGGGGUUAUUAAACAACUAAUUGACUGACGUCAGUUCACUUGCAUUCCAUUUAAUUUAGUUUUUUGUAAGCUCAACACGCCUUUUCUCUAGAGAGAAAUCCAAUCAUUCACAAGAGAAAUUGGGCGCGUUCCACAGCUAAGGCGAAGCAAGGCAACAACCAAUGGUUGUGCGACGUCAUCGACUGUGUCAUCGACUGACAAAUUGCUAUAACAUAUGAUGUGGUUAGCUGAUACUUAAAAUACCUAUCCAGGUGUUGUAAGAUCUGCCAGGCAUCAGCAACAUCUAUGCAUGGAAAUACCCCCAUUAAGUCAAGAACUAUGUGGGACACUGGGCUGAAGGGAGUUGUAGUUUUCAUUAGGCAAAUAUUCAACCUAGUUCAGCGCAGAAACAUGGUAAUUAAGUACAAUGACCAUAAUCCACUGCGCCUGUUCUUCCCGUUAUGGACAGAGACGGAACACAUGAGAGAGGAAUGUACACAAUACCAACAAUGAGCUCUGCAGCAUACUAGCUAGCUACUAGCCUAGCUAAACAGGACGACAAAGACAGUACAGUAUGGGGAGCACAGUAUGGCUGCUACUGUCUACCCAGUAUUGACCCGACAGAGACAAUGAAUGUGUUCAUUGUUUUGGCAAUCGAAUGUUCACUAUUUGGGGCUUUGGAAUUUCCAUUAAAAAGCUCUAAAAUCAUUUAGUCAUUAUUUCAUAAUGCAUUUAAUGUAAAAAAAAUCUGUGAUUAUUGUUUAAUAGCCGAACAGAAACCUAACCGACCGCAAAAAGCACUAAUCGCUCAGCACUGAUAGCAAUAGAUAACAUUUAAUACAGUUGAAAUUGAGCAAAUUAGCAUAAAUAACUAAAUGCAUGUCCUCCUGUCAACCCCAUAAAUCAACUAAUGCCCUGUUUUCUUCAGUGCCCACAUCAGAGGACAUGUCUAGGCUGACCCCAGAGUCCAGCCCUGAGUAAGUCACACACACACACACUCAUGAACAUGCCUCCUAGAUGCCCUACGCUAAGGACUGACUCAUUUUACCUUGCUAUAACCAUGUGUUUGUGUGUCCAUUUCUAUCUCUGUGUGUGUGUGUCGCUGUGUGUGCGUCUCUGUGUGUGUGUGUGUGUGUCUCUCUCUGUGUGUGUGUGUCUUGCUCCCUCAGGUUGGCUAAGAAGUCGUGGUUUGGGAACUUCAUCAGCCUGGAGAAGGAGGAGCAGAUCUUUGUGGUGAUCAGAGACAAGCCACUGAGCUCUGUGAAGGCAGACAUCGUCCACGCCUUCCUCUCUGUAAGUAUCUGACUCCGCUUCGAACGUCUUCAAUUAAUCAUGUCUGUGAGACUUGUCUUGAGAAUGGCUGUGUUGCUAAAACGUUGACAUUCUAUCUAUUUUUUUCUGAAUCUAUGUCAUUACUCUUCAGUCCUAGUAAUAUGUUUUUAAAGUGCUAGGAAUGUAUCUUGUGAACCUUUAUAUUUUCAAUAGAAUCCGUUUUAAUUUUUAAUGUAUUUAUUUUAUUUCACCUUUAUUUAACCAGGUAAGCCAGUUGAGAACAAGUUCUCAUUUACAACUGCGACCUGGCCAAGAUAAAGCAAAGCAGUGCGAUAAAAACAACAACACAGAGUUACAUAUGGGGUAAACAAAACAUAAAGUCCAAAAUACAACAGUGUGUGCGAAUGUAGUAAGUUAUGGAGGUAAGGCAAUAAAUAGGCCAUAGUGCAAAAUAAUUACAAUUAGUAUUAACACUGGAAUGAUAGACUGGCAAGAGAUGAUGUGCAAAUAGAGAUACUGGGGUGCAAAUUAGCAAUAUGGGGAUGAGGUAGUUGGGUGGGCUAAUUUCAGAAUGGCUGUGUACAGGUGCAGUGAUCGGUAAGCUGCUCUGACAACUGACGCUUAAUAUUAGUGAGGGAGAUAAGAGUCUCCAGCUCAGAGAUUUUUGCAGUUCGUUCCAGUCAUUGGCAGCAGAGAACUGGAAGGAAUGGCGGCCAAAGGAGGUGUUGGCUUUGGGGAUGACCAGUGAGAUAUACCUGCUGGAGCGCAGACUACGGGUGGGUGUUGCUAUGGUGACCAGUGAGCUAAGAUAAGACGGGGAUUUGCCUAGCAGUGAUUUAUAGAUGACCUGGAGCCAGUGGGUUUGGCAACGAAUAUGUAGUGAGGGCCAGCCAACAAGAUUGUACAGUUCACAAUGGUGGGUAGUAUAUGGGGCUUUGGUGACAAAACGGAUGGCACUGUGAUAGACUACAUCCAAUUUGCUGAAUAGAGUGUUGGAGGCUAUUUUAUAAAUGACAUCGCCCAAGUCAAGGAUCGGUAGGAUAGUCAGUUUUACGAGGGCAUGUUUGGCAGCAUGAGUGAAGGAGGCUUUGUUGUGAAAUAGGAAGCCGAUUCUAGAUCUAACUUUUGAUUGGAGAUGCUUAAUGUGAGUCUGGAAGGAGUCUAACCAGACACCUAGGUAUUUGUAGUUGUCCACAUACUCUAGGUCAGACCCGCCGAGAGUAGUGAUUCUAGUCGGGUAGGCGGGUGCAAGCAGUGUUCGGUUGAAGAGCAUGCAUUUAGUUUUACUAGUGUUUAAGAGCAGUUGGAGGCUACGGACGGAGUGUUGUAUGGCGUUGAAGCUCGUUUUGAGGUUUGUUAACACAGUGUCCAAUGAAGGGCCAGAUGUAUACAAAAUGGUGUUGUCUGCAUAGAGGUGGAUCCGAGCGUCACCAGCAGCAAGAGAAUAGAGUCGGCCCGAGAAUUGAACCCUGUGGCAACCCCAUAGAGAAGGCCAGAGGUCCAGACAACAGGCCCUCCGAUUUGACACAUUGAACUCUAUCUGAGAAGUAGUUGGUGAACCAGGUGAGGCAGUCAUUAGACAAACCAAGGCUAUUUAGUCUGCCAAUAAGAAUGCGGUGGUUGACAGAGUCGAAAGCCUUGGCCAGGUCGAUGAAGACGGCUGCGCAGUACUGUCUUUUAUCGAUUGCGGUUAUAAUAUCGUUUAGGACCUUGAGCGUGGCUCAGGUGCACCCAUGACCAGCUCGGAAAUCGGAUUGCAUAGCGGAGAAGGUACGGUGGGAUUUGAAAUAGUCGGUGAUCUGUUUGUUAACUUGGCUUUCAAAUACUUUCGAAAGGCAGGGCAGGAUGGAUAUAGAUCUGUAACAGUUUGGAUCUAGAGUGUCACCCCCUUUGAAGAGGGGGAUGACCGCGGCAGCUUUCCAAUCUCUGGGGAUCUCAGACGUUAAUGACAUGAAAAACGUGUCAAUGUGGCUAAAACUGAAAAGUUUCAGAUGGUAGUAAAUUCUCUCUUUGUUUUGCUCUCUACUACCCCAUCUCACAUUGACCCUCUUUCUCUGUCUCUCCCCCCUCGGCCUCUUACUUUCUCUACCCACCUCUCCUUUUCUUUCUCUCCAUUACCCUACGUAUCCUCUCUCUCCCCCCUACCCCCCUUGUCAGAUCCCCUCCCUCAGCCACAGCGUCAUCUCCCAGACCAGCUUCAGGGCCGAGUACAAGAUCUCCGGCGGCCCCUCCGUCUUCCAGAAGCCUGUUAAGUUCCAGGUGGACAUUGCCUUCUCCGAGGGAGAGAGAGAGCGGGAGAGGGAGAAAACCGAGAGGGAAGGCAAGAGAGAGACAGGCAUCUACAGCGUGACAUUCACCCUCAUAUCAGGCAAGUGGAACUUGGAAUAGAAAGUAUAAGUGUUCAUUCUAUUGCUGUUAGUUGGUGAUUUACAAUAUCUCGUUAUAUAUGGUGGAUUGAAUUGGUACAGUUCCGCGAAUGAAUGAAAGUAGGGCAUGUUUGUUAUGGUGGAAGGGACAGCUUUGGCUGUGCUUUUGGUAUAUGCUGUUGUGCAAAGUUUGUGUGUGUGUGUGCUGGUAAAAGCUUGCUUCUUCUCAAUGCCUUUGUGUAUGUGUGUGUGUGUGUGUGUGUUCGCAGGUCCUAGUCGCAGGUUCAAACGAGUGGUGGAGACCAUUCAGGCCCAGCUUCUCAGCUCCCAUGAUCAGCCCAUGGGGGUCUCUGGUGAGUCACACAUAUUCAUUUCUACUCACACACACCAACCUCUUAUACUAUUUCCCACAUUCGGUUACACAUUAUAAUAACUGAAAAUAAUAAUCCAUUAUUUGCUUUAUAAAUGAGUGUAAUUGUUAUAAAUGUUUGGAUAUGUUUACAAAUAAUGAAAUACUAAUUUAUUAAUAGUAUGCACACUAUUUAUAACAUGAAUUAUGUAUUAUUAUUAUUAUUAUUUCCCCAAAUUCUUACACCACACUGGUUUCACCUAAAUGAAUGGAGUCACUUUACUCCAGGGUUCCCCAACUGGUGGCCCGUGGGCCGAAUUUGGUCCGCGGGGGGGUUUAUUUGGCCCCCCAAGUUCUCUGAGCAAAAAUAUAUAUACAAUACCAGUCAAAAGUUUGGACACACCUACACAUUCAAGGGUUUUUCUUUAUUUUUACUAUUUUUUACAUUGUAGAAUAAUAGUGAAGACAUCAAAACUAUGAAAUAACACAUAUGGAAUCAUGUAGUAACCAAACAAAGUGUUAAACAAAUCAAAAUAUAUUUUAUAUUUGAGAUUCUUCAAAUAGCCACCCUUGAUGACAGCUUUGCACACUCUUGGCAUUCUCUCAAUGCUUUUCCAACAGUCUUGAAGGAGUUCCCACAUAUGCUGAGCACUUGUUGGCUGCUUUUCCUUAACUCUGCGGUCCGACUCAUCCCAAACCAUCUCAAUUUGGUUGAGGUCGGGGGAUUGUGGAGGCCAGGUCAUCUGAUGCAGCACUCCAUCACUCUCCUUCUUGGUAAAAUAGCCCUUACACAGCCUGGAGGUGUGUUGGGUCAUUGUCCUGUUGAAAAACAAAUGAUGGUCCCAAUAAGCCCAAACCAGAUAGGAUGGCAUAUCGCUGCAGAAUGUUGUGGUAGCCAUGCUGGUUAAGUGUGCCUUGAAUUCACUGCGGACCUAUUUGGACUCCAGACCAAAGGACACAUUUCCACCGGUCUAAUGUCCAUUGCUCAUGUUUCUUGGGCCAAGCAAAUCUCUUCUUAUUAUUGGUGUCCUUUAGUAGUGGUUUCUUUGCAGCAAUUCGACCAUGAAGGCCUGAUUCACACAGUCUCCUCUGAACAGUUGAUGUUGAGAUGUGUCUGUUACUUGAACCCUGUGAAGCAUUUAUUUGGGCUGCAAUUUCUGAGGCUGGUAACGCUAAUGAACUUAUCCUCUGCAGCAGAGAUAACUCUGGGUCUUCCAUUCCUGUGGCGGUCCUCAUGAGAGCCAGUUUCAUCAUAGCGCUUGAUGGUUCGUAUUGACUGACCUUCAUGUCUUAAAGUAAUGAUGGACUGUCGUUUCUCUUUGCUUAUUUGAGCUGUUCUUGCCAUAAUAUGGACUUGGUAUUUUGCCAAAUAGGGCUAUCUUCUGUAUACCCCCCCCCCCCCCCCCCCCCCCCCUCCCUACCUUGUCACAACACAACUGAUUGGCACAAAACGCAUUAAGAAGGAAAGAAAUUCCACAAAUUAACUUUUAAGAAGGCACACCUGUUAAUUGAAAUGCAUUCCAGGUGACUACCUCAUGAAGCUGGUUGAGAGAAUGCUGGUUGAGAGAAUGAAGAGUGUGCAAAGCUGUCAUCAAGGCAAAGGGUGGCUACUUUGAAGAAUCUCAAAUAUAAAAUAUAUUUUGAUUUGUUGAACACUUUUUUGGUUACUACAUGAUUAUUUCAUAGUUUUGAUGUCUUCACUAUUAUUCUACAAUGUAGAAAAUAGUAAAAAUAAAGAAAAACCCUUGAAUGAGUAGGUGUUCUAAAACUUUUGACCGGUAGUGUAUAUACAGUGGGGAAAAAAAGUAUUUAGUCAGCCAGCAAUUGUGCAAGUUCUCCCACUUAAAAAGAUGAGAGAGGCCUGUAAUUUUCAUCAUAGGUACACGUCAAAUAUGACAGACAAAAUGAGAAGAAAAAAAAUCCAGAAAAUCAUUGUAGGAUUUUUUAUGAAUUUAUUUGCAAAUUAUGGUGGAAAAUAAGUAUUUGGUCAAUAAAAAAAGUUUCUCAAUACUUUGUUGGCAAUGACACAGGUCAAACGUUUUCUGUAAGUCUUCACAAGGUUUUCACACACUGUUGCUGGUAUUUUGGCCCAUUCCUCCAUGCAGAUCUCCUCUAGAGCAGUGAUGUUUUGGGGCUGUCGCUGGGCAACACGGACUUUCAACUCCCUCCAAAGAUUUUCUAUGGGGUUGAGAUCUGGAGACUGGCUAGGCCACUCCAGGACCUUGAAAUGCUUCUUACGAAGCCACUCCUUCGUUGCCCGGGCGGUGUGUUUGGGAUCAUUGUCAUGCUAAAAGACCCAGCCAUAUUUCAUCUUCAAUGCCCUUGCUGAUGGAAGGAGGUUUUCACUCAAAAUCUCACGAUACAUGGCCCCAUUCAUUAUUUCCUUUACACGGAUCAGUCGUUCUGGUCCCUUUGCAGAAAACAGCCCCAAAGCAUGAUGUUUCCACCCCCAUGCUUCACAGUAGGUAUGGUGUUCUUUGGAUGCAACUCAGCAUUCUUUGUCCUCCAAACACAACGAGUUGAGUUUUUACCAAAAAGUUAUAUUUUGGUUUCAUCUGACCAUAUGACAUUCUCCCAAUCCUCUUCUUGAUCAUCCAAAUGCACUCUAGCAAACUUCAGACGGGCCUGGACAUGUACUGGCUUAAGCAGGGGGACACGUCUGGCACUGCAGGCUUUGAGUCCCUGGCGGCGUAGUGUGUUACUAAUGGUAGGCUUUGUUAUUUUGGUCCCAGCUCUCUGCAGGUCAUUCACUAGGUCCCCCCAUGUGGUUCUGGGAUUUUUGCUCACCGUUCUUGUGAUCAUUUUGACCCCACAGGGUGAGAUCUUGCGUGGAGCCCCAGAUCGAGGGAGAUUAUCAGUGGUUUUGUAUGUCUUCCAUUUCCUAAUAAUUGCUCCCACAGUUGAUUUCUUCAAACCAAGCUGCUUACCUAUUGCAGAUUCAGUUUUCCCAGCCUGGUGCAGGUCUACAAUUUUGUUUCUGGUGUCCUUUGACAGCUCUUUGGUCUUGGCCAUAGUGGAGUUUGGAGUGUGACUGUUUGAGGUUGUGGACAGGUGUCUUUUAUACUGAUAACAAGUUCAAACAGGUGCCAUUAAUACAGGUAACAAGUGGAGGACAGAGGAGCCUCUUAAAGAAGAAGUUACAGGUCUGUGAGAGCCAGAAAUCUUGCUUGUUUGUAGGUGACCAAAUACUUAUUUUCCACCAUAAUUUGCAAAUAAAUUCAUAAAAAAUCCUACAAUGUGAUUUUCUGGAGAAAAAAAAUCUUAAUUUUUCCGUCAUAGUUGACGUGUACCUAUGAUGAAAAUUACAGGCCUCUCUCAUCUUUUUAAGUGGGAGAACUUGCACAAUUGGUGGCUGACUAAAUACUUUUUUUCUCCACUGUAUGUAUCUUUUUAAAAUUUUUAUAAUUGAUAAAAUACUGUAAAAACACCAGGAAUUUAGCACCAAACUAUUUUCAUUUUGGAAAUCUGUUCCCAAGUAUUCUCACGCAUAGUAGAGAGAUGUGAUCGUAUACAAAUGUAAGCAAGAUUUGUAAUUAUUAUGUUUUAGUCAAAUAUAUAUAUUUGGGCUUCUUGUGGUCAAUUUGUAGUCUACAAAUUAUUUGUAAUUAUAUUCCGGCAUACGACCAUCCACUCAAGAAAAAAAUAAAAUGGCCGGCGGCUGAAUCUAGUUGAUGACCCCUGCUUUGCUUUACUCUCUCUUUCUCUCCACCUCUUUCUCUAUACAGACCCCUUCCCAGAUGAGAAGAACGGCCGGCCCCACGGGACCCCCACUCGCCAGAACUCCCGCCGCUCCGAGGGCGGUGGUGACCGGUGCGAGUGGGGCGAGCGAGGCGACGGAGGAGGCAUCGGAGGCAGUGGGGGGGUCCUACAACGCAGAGGCUCUGGGAAGGAGAGGACCCGACUACUGUCCUCCAACGGAACACAGUCCCAACCCUGAGAGAGAGAGAGAGAGCGAGAGAGAGAGAGUGAGACCAGUCGGGUAG